AUGUUCGCCUCCACCUCCUCCUCCGAGGAGCUGUGGAACUCCACCGAGGGUCCGUCGUGGGACAACCGCUCCCGUUGGAACUCUUCCCUGGGCAGGGAGGGAAGGGGGGGUGUCGGGGGCCAGGAGGAUGGGGAGCAGCACCCCUUCCUCACGGACGCCUGGCUGGUGCCCCUUUUCUUCUCCCUGAUCAUGCUGGUGGGCCUGGUGGGGAACUCUCUGGUCAUCUACGUCAUUUCCAAACACCGGCAGAUGAGGACCGCCACCAACUUCUACAUCGCAAACCUUGCUGCCACAGACAUCACCUUCCUGGUGUGCUGUGUGCCCUUCACUGCCACGCUCUACCCCCUCCCUGGUUGGAUCUUUGGCGACUUCAUGUGCAAAUUUGUCGCCUUUCUUCAGCAGGUGACGGUGCAGGCCACAUGCAUCACCCUGACCGCCAUGAGCGGCGACCGCUGCUACGUCACCGUGUACCCGCUCAAGUCGCUCCGUCACCGCACGCCGAGGGUGGCCAUGAUCGUCAGCGUCUGCAUUUGGAUCGGUUCCUUCAUUCUUUCCAUUCCCAUCUUCCUGUACCAACACAUCGAGGAGGGCUACUGGUACGGUCCCAGGCAGUACUGCGUGGACAGGUUCCCCAGCAAGACGCACGAGAGGGCCUACAUCCUCUACCAGUUCAUAGCCGCCUACCUGCUCCCCGUCCUCACCAUCUCCUUCUGCUACACGCUGAUGGUGAAGAGGGUAGGGCGGCCCACCGUGGAGCCAGUAGACAACAACUACCAGGUCAACCUGCUGUCGGAGAGGACCAUCAGCAUACGGAGCAAGGUGUCCAGGAUGGUGGUGGUGAUCGUCCUUCUGUUCACCGUGUGCUGGGGUCCCAUCCAGUUCUUUGUCCUCUUUCAGUCCUUCUACCCCCAGUACCAGCCCAACUACGCCACAUACAAGAUCAAGACGUGGGCCAACUGCAUGUCCUACGCCAACUCCUCUGUCAACCCCAUCAUCUACGGCUUCAUGGGGGCCAGCUUUCAGAAGUCCUUCAGGAAGACCUUCCCCUUCCUCUUCAAGCACAGGAUCAGAGACAACAGCACGGUGUCCCGGACCGCCAACGCAGAGAUCAAAUUUGUGGCCGCGGAAGAAGGGAACAAUAACAAUGUCGUGAGCGGGAUUGAAUGA